AUUGUUUGGAUUCCGUCAGUUUCGUUUCUUGUAAUAAUUAUCAAUUACAAAUAGGAAAAAAAGAAAAAAAUAAUAGAAUAGACAAAUCAUAAAGCGUAACUUAAAUUGUUCGUUGAUCUGGAACUGGAACCCGUUUCGUUACUGGCUCAAGAAACAUCCCCAACUCCACCAAAUCUCUGUGGUUUCUGCUCCUCCUCUCUGAUUCUCCCGCGCACAUGGCGAUCUGCAAUCCAUCGUCCCCCUCCUCAUCUUCAACUUCUACCUCCACCAAGGCCUGGAUUAUUCACACCCUGGCGGUUGGUGCCGCGGCUGCCGUGGCGCUUGGUGCCCACGCCUACUUGUAUUAUCGCCGAUCCGGGAAGUUCCGGAGCCGGGUCAUUGGAAUUAUACCUGCCCGCUUUGCUUCAUCUCGGUUUGAAGGCAAGCCUCUCGUCCACAUACUUGGCAAGCCCAUGAUCCAGAGAACAUGGGAAAGAGCAAAAAUGGCAACAACACUGGAUCAUGUUGUUGUGGCAACGGAUGAUGAUAAGAUUGCUGAAUGCUGCAGAGGAUUUGGAGCUGAUGUGGUGAUGACAUCAGAAUCAUGCCGAAAUGGCACCGAACGGUGUAAUGAAGCUCUUCAAAAGCUUGGUAAGCAAUAUGAUGUUGUGGUCAAUAUUCAGGGGGAUGAACCACUCAUCGAACCUGAAAUAAUAGAUGGCAUUGUCAAAGCCUUGCAGGCUGCUCCAGAUGCAGUCUUCAGCACUGCUGUUACUUCAUUGAAACCUGAAGAUGCAUUUGAUCCGAAUCGUGUCAAAUGUGUGGUAGAUAACCAUGGCUAUGCAAUUUAUUUCUCACGAGGACUUAUCCCAUUUAACAAGUCCGGAAAGGUCAACCCUCAAUUUCCAUAUUUACUUCAUCUGGGGAUUCAGAGCUUUGAUUCAAAGUUCCUCAAGAUUUACCCAGAGCUGCUGCCAACGCCCCUUCAAAUGGAAGAAGAUCUUGAACAACUGAAGGUCCUUGAAAAUGGAUACAAGAUGAAGGUGAUAAAAGUCGACCAUGACUCCCAUGGUGUUGAUGUCCCAGAUGAUGUAGAUAAAAUAGAGCGUUACAUGCGUGAACACAAUCUGCAUUAGCUGUAUAAUUGCUGCGCAAACACAACUUGUAUCAGCUGUAUAAUUGCUGCUCGCAUACUAGAUUACGACUUGUAGGCACACACAUACUGGCAAAAUGAUUGUAAGUUGUCAAAACCUUUUGGUAUUUCCUAGCUCUGUUGAAGACUGGGGAAGCAAGUUCUUGUUCAAAAUGUAAACUUUGUGUAGCAUUCAAUUAGUUUUAUGUACACCAUGUCUAUAAUUUAUUUUAGCAUAGGACUGUGUAUGUUGUCGCCAGAUUGAUAUUUCCCAACUUUUGUUCAGUAUUUUGUUUCAGUAAAUCACUUCAUUCAAGAUU